AUGGCCUUAACAUCAUGGAAAGCAUUCAACUUCAUCGACGUCUCGCCGGUGAAGCUACCAGAGGACAGCGCAACGAUCUUCAAUAGCGAUCUCUCGAGUAUAUGCUCCGGCUCCGCAAACAUCUUCGUCGGCACCACCGAUGGCUUCGUCCACAUCGUCUCCUCGGCGUUCCGCGUCGUGCGAUCAUUUAAAGCUCACGAUACCGGCUCCAUCACGCAUAUGAGACAAAUCAACGACACUGCCCUACUUGUUACGGUCUCGGAGGACCUAUCCAAUGAACCAGUUCUCAAAGUCUGGGCACUGGAUACGGAGAAGAAGGACGGCGGGCCGCGGUGUCUAUCCACGGUCUCGGUCCAGAAUGCUAGGCGACAGUUCCCGAUUUCCGCCUUCGCGGCCGUUGGAGAUCUCUCACAGGUGGCAGUCGGAUUUGCGAACGGGUCCGUAACGAUCAUCCGCGGCGACUUGAUCCACGAUCGUGGUGCGCGCCAGCGAAUUGUCUUUGAAUCUGAGGAGCCCAUUACUGGACUUGAAACACAGAUUGGAGCCGUUACUACGCUGUUCAUCUCGACCACAAGCCGAAUCUUGACCUUGGUUAUCGCCGGGCGAGGCCAGGGUCAGCCUGCGCGCGUCUUGGAGGAUACGGGCUGCGGUCUGGGAUGUAUGACGCUGGACAAGGAGGCUGGAGAUAUCCUGAUUGCCAGGGAGGAUGCUGUCUACACCUACGGUCCGCGUGGUCGUGGUGCGAGCUAUGCGUUUGAAAGUCCUAAGACGUCUAUUGCUUCCUUCCGUGACUACGUGGCUCUGGUUUGUCCGCCCAAGGCCGGUACUGGCAAGUCGGAUCCGUUGCGCAAAUACACUGCUAGUCCGGCCGAGGAAAUCUUUGGAACCACGACGUUCACGCUCCUCGAUACUGAUCUGAAGUUUAUCGCGCAUAGUGAAGCGCUGGUGUCGCCCAUGAAGCGGAUUUUCAUAGAAUGGGGGAAUUUGUUCCUCCUUACAACAGAUGGCAAGAUCUUCCGGUAUCGGGAAAAGAGCCUCCAGCAAAAGCUCGAGAUUCUUUAUGAGCGCAAUCUCUACAUUCUUGCAAUUAACCUUGCGCAAAAGAUUGGCAUCGAUCCUUUGCAACAGAAUGCCAUCUACCGCAAGUACGGUGACUUCCUGUACCAACGGGGCGAUUAUGAUACAGCCAUGCAGCAAUAUCUUCGAGCAAUUGAUAGCACGGAGCCAUCUCAAGUUAUUCGCAAGUAUCUCGACACUCAACGUAUUCACAACCUAAUUGAGUAUCUGGAAGAACUACAUGACCAUGGCCAUGCCACAGUUGAUCACACGACACUUCUUUUGAACUGCUAUGCGAAGCUCAAAGACACGAGCAAGCUUGACUCGUUUAUCAAGGCUCCUGGUGAGCUCAAAUUCGAUCUUGAGACCGCAAUUGCCAUGUGUCGCCAGGGGGGCUACCACGAGCAAGCAGCAUACCUAGCAACGAAACAUGGUGAAAAUGAUAUGGUUGUGGAUAUCUUGAUUGAAGACUCCAAGAAAUAUGCCGAGGCGGUGGAAUACAUUUGGCGAUUGGAGCCCGAAGUAGCCUAUCACAAUUUGAUGAAAUAUGCCAGAGUUCUUCUCGCUCAUUGCCCUGAGAGGACAGCAGAGCUCUUCAAAGCUUACUAUGCUGGCCAGUACAAACCACGCACGGAGGUCGAAACAUCAUCAGAACCCCAAGCCCAGACAAGUAGCACUAUGCACAGUCUUGCCGCACUACUUCCUCUGCGGUAUAUGAACGUUGGCACUGGCAGGCAGCCCCAGGCCCAAAUAACUGAGAAUGCAGAAGCAAAUGAAGAUCAAGCUGAAGACUCGCUUCCAGACUACGAAGUUCCCAAGCCUCGAACAGCUUUCUCCGCAUUUGUGGAUCACCCAAAGGAAUUCAUAGAUUUCCUCGAAACAUUAGCACAGAAACCAGAUCUGACGAACGAAGCCAAAGUGGAUCUAUUCACCACGUUGUUCGAAAUGUACUUGGACACAGCGAAGGGAAAGAAAGACGCCAGCGAGAGACAGGAAUGGGAGACAAAAGCGAAGAAGCUUAUCGAAGGAAAAGACAUUCCGAUCUCCACCUCAAAUGUGCUGCUCCUUUCCGACCUGUCAAACUUCCGAGAAGGAUCCACUCUUGUCCGCGAACAAGAAGGUCUCCGCCUGGAUAUCUUCCGAUCCUUCACAUCCGCAAAGGAUACCCAAGGCGCCAUCAAAGCGUUGAGACGCUAUGGCCCAGACGAACCGCAACUCUACGUCGAUGCAUUGACAUACUUCGCCUCGAGCCCGCAAAUUCUUGAAGAAGCAGGCGACGAGCUGGACGCAGUGCUACAACGAAUCAAUCAAGACGGCCUUCUCUCGCCACUGCAAGUGAUCCAGGCCCUAAGCAACAACGCAGUCGUAACAAUGGGCCGUGUGAAGAAAUACCUCAGCGACAACAUCGAACGCGAACGCAAAGAGAUCACAACCAACCGACGCCUAAUAACAAGCUACAAAACUGAAACCGCCACCAAACAACAGGAACUAGACCAUCUAGCCACCCAACCGGUAGUCUUCCAAUCCCGCCGGUGCCAAUCCUGCGGUGGAACCCUAGAUCUGCCCACCGUCCACUUCCUCUGCAGACACUCCUUCCACGAACGCUGCCUCAACAAUGUCGACGACGACGCUCAGUGUCCCGUCUGUGCCCCGACAAAUGCUACGCUACGUGCUAUACGGCAACGACAGGUCGAUUCUGCUGAUCAGCAUGAUCUCUUCAAGGGCGAGUUAUCCCGCUCGAGGGACCGGUUUGGUGUUGUGAGUGAGUUCUUUGGGAGGGGUGUUAUGCGGCCGCGGAGUACUAUGGAGUAG